AUGUCCUUGAAUGUAUUAUUGCAACAUUGGGAACGCGUUCACAUGGACGUUAAAAGUUUUAAUUCUUCCUCCUUUGUAGAUCCAUUAAAAAAUUGUUUAUAUAAUGUAGAAGGUUGGAAAACACGUAGAUUAGAAGUAAUCGAUCUAAUUUAUUCGGUAGAGACCUCUAUAUGCAUAUUUACGGAAGUUGGUGAACAAGGACAUGAUUUUAAAAUUUCCGAUUACAACACCUUCUAUCAAACUGGGCUGAAUAGAUCCGGUGGUGUUUGUAUAUGUCUAGGAAAAAAUUUGAAAGGAGUGGAAAUAGAUUCAUCUAUUCCAAAUACAGUCGUGGUUGAUAUCUAUGGACUAAGUGAACCACUUAGAAUAAUUGGAAUUUAUUGGGCUGCAAGCCAACAGAGAAACUUAAUGGAUCUAUCCAAUUUUGUUAUCAAUAACACACUAAUAGCUGGAGAUUUUAAUGCAGCAGCAAUGGACUGGGGAAGUCCUACCGAUGACAAUCGUUCAUUUUUACUGAAAGAAUGGAUAGAAGAAAAUGAUCUCUUAUAUGAUUUUUGGUUCGAUCUUCAAAAAUCUAUUACACUAGAUGAUUGGUACAAACUGUACAUUAGGUUUUUAGGAGCAGCAAAAAACCGAGUGACAACUUGGAAAAACAAAGAAAAAUUUAGACCAGCUCUACCGGAAUUUAUUCGGAAUAAACUUAAGGAGUUAAGAAAAGUAAGAAAUAAUUAUUAUAGGAAAAGAAGAUAUGAUAUUGACAAUGAAGCAGAAAGAAUUCUAUUGAGAACAUUAAACAGAGAAGUACAAGCAGAUAUAGCAAAUUAUCGAUCAAAACGUUGGUCUAAUUUCCUUGAGAAAAUUCAAGAAAGUAAAACAAAAAAUGAUGUAAACUUCUGGUCACAUUUAGGAAAAUUAUAUAAACAAAAAUCACUUCCAUUCGCAAAACUGAAGGUGAACAAUAAGAUUAUAUCAGAUAAAGAAGUAAUAGCACAAGAAUUAUAUAAAUAUUAUACUGAUCAAUUUCAACCUCCAUAUAUUGAUAGAAACGAUCCCCACGAUUCAGAGAUUGAAAAUGAAUUCCAAGAUAUAUUAAAAUCCUUUUCUAACUCGAUGGAAAUAGAACAGACAAAUAUUAAAGAAAUUUGUUAUGCAAUAAAGUCUCUUAAGCCAAAAAAAUCAGCAGGGUAUGACUCGAUAUCGAAUUUUAUGCUCAAGCUACUUCCUCCCGGUUAUUUGCAAUGUCUCUGGAAUUGUUUUAACCUAUGGCUAAAAGAAUGUAGAUUUCCACAUGAUUGGAAAGUGGCCAAAGUUAUUAGCUUAAACAAAUUAAAGACUGGUAUUCCUAGUAGCGAUCAAACUCGCCCUAUAUCUCUCUUAGCAACACAUUCAAAAAUUUUCGAAAGACUUUUAUUAGCCGAAUUGUUCAAUUCCAACAAGAGUUUUGUCAAUCUAUCAAGAAAUACAAAAUAA